AUGGCCUCCACCGAGACGAUCAAUUAUCGCGAAUCCUCUGACUCGGCCUACCUCUCCACCUCCCUGUCCUCCCUCUCGCGCCCCCGAUCGACGGCCAGCCUGACGGUCAAGGCGUACAAACAAGCCACCCAACUCUACCUCACCAAACGUUUCAAGGAAGCGCUGGAAAUCCUCGAGCCCAUCGUCACUCCCCAGUCCACAUCUCCCUCCGACUUCCGACCGGCACCCGUCACGCAGAGCAACAAGGGCACGCGCACCAAGGUCUGGGUCUUUUACCUCYCGUUGAUCAACGCCAUCAUCGAUUUGGGGGCCGAGGAAGGGAAGCAUGUAUUCGGUUCGGCGAAAUGGAGACAGUUGCUCGCCAAAGCGAAUGAAGGGAAUGUGUGGGAGGAAGUGGUGCAGCAUGGGUAUGCCGGGAUUGAAGGAGAUGUCGACCCCGAUGUCGUCCUCAAUCUGUCCACCCUCCUCCUCACACACAUGCAGGAUCAGAAACUAAAUCAGCAGAGAUUGGAGGCAUAUCUCUCCGCUUCUGCCGAUGCUGCUCAGCUGGCUUUCAUGCAGGAAGGGAUUGCGACGCCCAUGUCUACGGGCACCUCCUCACCCAAGGAGUUGACAGUUCGGCUGAAGAUUCUGGAAUUAUACACCCUGCAUGUCUUGCCCGCGAACGAGGAGUGGGAUUAUGCAAAAGAGUUCAUCGAGAUGAACGAUGUGCUGGACGAUGAACAUCGGGAGGCAUUCCUACACGCGCUGGCGCAGCUAAAGGACGAGAAAGAAGGUCUCAGUCAGCGUGAGAAGGAAUUGGAGGAACUGCGGGAGAGGGAGAUGGAAGAGCAGAGGGAGCGCGWGGAAGCCAAACUCCGAGACCAGGAGCGACGAGAGGAAGAGCGCAAAAAGGCCGAGCAGGCAGAGAAAUCUCGCCCUCGACCAAACUCCUCGUCUUCGAACACCCGACCUUCGGCCCAGAAACCUCCUCCUCCGCCACCUUCCUCGAAGCCCUCGUCUCAAAAGAAAUCCACCCGCGUCUCCAAACCUCCCACAAAUUUCAUCUCCCGUGCCUCUUCAGCUAUUGGAUCUUUGCAGCAGAUGGUCCUGCAGGCUUCGAGAAAUGUCGCCGGGACCAAUCUAGCGUUGGCGAGGUUUCUGAUGUUCCUCAUAGCCUUUGUACUCUUGAUCGCCAGGCGAGAUCUGCGAGACAAGCUUCGCAGAGGUUUGGAGAGGGCAGGGGUGAAAGUGAAGGAGACGGUGGGAAUGGGCACCAAGGUGUCUUAUAUCUAA